AUGGACCCAGGGUCUUUGGAGGCUGAGGUGGGGGAAGACCCAACGGAUCUAACCCCAAAUGUGAAGAAGGAACUUUUGGCCUCUUGGACUACCCAACAGGCUCGGGCAAGGCCUGGUAGAGGAGCCAAGCCUCAGAGGAGACGGGACCUCUCUAGUCUCUUUGCACCAGUGGACAUCCCAGCUGAGUAUGAGCAUCCCCUGACCUCUAGGCAGGUGGCAGCCUUCCAGGAUGUCUUCCAACUGUUUAAACCGGGCUCCCAGGGCAAGCUGGACAUGCGGAGCAUGAAGGGGGCACUACGGACUCUUGGCAUUCAGCUGAGCCCCCAGGAAGUGUGUGAGGCCCUUCGGAGGGCCGACCUGGAUGGUGAUGGAGCCGUUGACUUUGAGGACUUUCUUGGGAUCCUGACUGACAACCACCGUUUUGCCCAGUGCAUGGGUCGGAUGAGAAACAGUCGUAUCAAUGAUCCCCAUGGUCUGGAAACGCUUUUCUUUGAGAUGAUGUCUAAGUUUGUGGGUCAGGGGGCACUGUCCCCCAAGUCAGUAGCGGAUGUGGUGAGUUACUAUACAGACAAACAGAGAGUGUUGCGAAUGAGCUCUUGGUGGAAGGGCCUGAAUCACAAACACAACCGAAGCUACCGAUCCCGAUCACACACGGGCCUCAGCUUCUUCUGCCAGGCCACGCGCCUGUCUGGACUGAACAACCAGCAGCUUGCCCGAUCCCUGCAUAACCUCCGGGACUUGAAUGUCCAAGGCCCCUAUUCUCAGGUCCCCAACCUGCCCUCUCGGACACGGUCGACCGAAAGGAGGAUUCGAAGCAGAGGCCCCAGACUGACCAACCUGGCCAGGCCCUGCAACAAACCCAAGCCGCCUCAGCGGGAGGCGCCUCGGCGGGCUCCCGGUAAAUGUUAA